CUCCGCUCUGCACCGCGCGGGGCUUCCCCGCGCCUGGCGGGCGGGAGGAGCCGCCGUUUCCGCUGGGUGUCACUCUGGGGUGGGAGAGGCGCGUUCAAAAGCGAAGGGCAGGGAAAAGCCCGUCGACAGCCCCGGCCGCCCGCACCGGCAGCGUCCGCCGCCCGCCACGCCGCGGCACGGGCGGCAGCCGCUGCGCUUCCUGCGGGCCGGGGCGCUCCCGGCCCUCCGCCUCGGAGCCGGCGCCCGGCGGAGAGUGCUCGGCUGGUGCCGGCUGCCCCCCGAGGCCAGCCCCUGCGGACGGAGGCCGCCUAACCCUGCCAGAAGGAUGCUGGAGGGCGGCUGCAAGGCGGUGAAGGAGGGCAUGCUGGAGAAGAGGAGCGACGGGCUGCUGCAGCUCUGGAAGAAGAAGCGCUGCAUCCUCACCGAGGAGGGGCUGCUCCUCAUCCCCCCCAAACACCCCCCGCCGCCGCAGCAACAGCAGCAGCCGCCGCUGCCGGCUGAGCCGGCGGCCAAAAUCAAGGAGCUUCACUUCUCCAACAUGAAGACGGUGGACUGCGUGGAGCGGAAGGGCAAGUACGUGUACUUCACGGUGGUGAUGGCCGAGGGGAAGGAGAUCGACUUUCGGUGCGCGCAGGAGCAGGGCUGGAACGCGGCGAUCACGCUGCAGAUGGUGCAGUACAAGAACCGCCAGGCCAUCCUGGCCGUGCGUUCCACCCGGCAGAAGCAGCAGCACCUGGCGGCGCCCCACGGCCCGCGCCUCCGCGGCGCGUCCAACUCCGCCUAGCGCAGGUUACGUUCACGGAGCGCUUCGGGGAAGCGGGACUAAGAGCGUUCGUGGCGGACCUGCGCCAGGGGGUCUGAAACUGGGGAAGCGCCGGAGGGGCAGGUAGACCGGAAAGAAGCGGCUCAAAAGCCUGAACCCUAGCCUGCUGCUGCUUUGCCACCCUCGGUGCCGAGAAGCAUUUCAAAUCUAUUAUUUAUGAACCUUGGAAAGGAUACUUUGGUGCGAUGGGAUUUCUAGGAGACAUGAUGUACUGUAACUUUAUUUUAAUGUAUUUUAUUUAUUAGAGUUGUUUUCUUUUGGUUUUGUUUUCCUCUUUUUUCUUUUUUUUUUUUUUUUAAGGCUUAUUUGCAGGAUAUUUCUGAAUGUAGGAUGUAUCAUAAAAGCAAAGGAAAAACCAAUAUGCAUGUUAGCUCCCUGAAGGAACUAAAAAGUUCUGGGUAGUUUGGCUGUGUGCAAUUUGACAAAAAAGUUAUCCGUUUUUUUUGUCCAAAAUACACUAUAUUCCUCUGACAUGGAAAAUGUGAAACCCAUACUGCAUAUGACAUCUGUUUUCUCUAAUGAGAAUAACAAUUGUAGUCUGAGGUUUAAAUUAUUGCCUUUUAAAAUAUUAAACGUGGUGGAAGAUGGUAAAAAGUUAUUAAUGCUUGACUAUUCAAAAAGCAAUGUUGCUUGUUAUUCUGAGGUUAAAACCCAUCUGUUUAAUGUAUGAGCAGAGCAGAACCUGACCAACUUCUUUUGUGAUCCAGGAAUCUGAAUUGGAUUCCAGCUAUCAGUGCGAUGUGCUUGCUCCUGGGCUGGCGAGCCAGAGCUGAGGUGUUCACGAACAUUUCUUACUGUCCAAGUUCAGGGCUCCCUCUGCACUCUUGUUCUUUAAAUGAUCUGGGCUGUCAAUCUGUAUUGCUUUUUCAUGGCGGUUUUUAAAUGUCUUGCAUUAAAGCAGCCCAUAGUUUAAAAU